UUGUAGCAGUAGUACAUUGUUUACAUGGAUAGAUAGAAAGAAAGAGAAGAGGGGAGGAGAAGAGAAGAGACAGACGUUGUUAAUGUGACUCUUGAGAUAACAGAGAGGAACCGAAAGCCAAACCCUAGAAUUCAUUCUUUCUUUCUUGUGAAAGAUAACAUUUUUUUUUUUAAUUAUAUUUCAUUUCAGAUCCAAAGAUUAUUAAGGUGCAAACUUUCUUGCCUUUCAAAGAUCCUGUCAAAUUAUAGUGAUCUCAAAGGGAAAUCAAUACUGGGGUUUGGUUUAUAGUAAGUUUUGAGUACAAGUUGUAGUGUUUGUAGUUCUGCAUUGUUAAAGAAAGAGGGUGAAGAUGGUGUCUAGAUCAUAUACCAAUCUCUUAGAUCUAGCUUCAGGUAACUUUCCGGCAAUGGGUCAACCUCGGGAGAGAAAGCAGUUGCCUCGUGUAAUGACAGUUCCGGGAGUUAUUUCCGAGCUUGAUGAUGAUGCGGCCUCAGAUGUGCCUUCAUCAGUAGUUCAGGACCGCAUGAUCAUUGUAGCGAAUCAAUUGCCGGUAAAAGCAAAGCGUAUGCCAGAUAAUAAAGGAUGGAGCUUUAGUUGGGAUGAGGAUUCUCUGUUAUUGCACUUAAAAGAUGGUUUGCCUGAAGAUAUGGAGGUUUUAUAUGUUGGUUCUUUGCGGGCUGAUGUUGACUUGAGUGAACAAGAUGAUGUCUCGCAGGUUUUGUUGGAUAGGUUUAAUUGUGUUCCGGCAUUUCUACCUCCUGAUAUUUUGUCGAAGUUUUAUCAUGGGUUUUGUAAACAGCAUUUGUGGCCGCUUUUUCACUAUAUGCUUCCUUUUUCGGGGAAUCAUGGUGGGCGAUUUGAUCGAUCUUUGUGGGAGGCAUAUGUGGCAGCAAAUAAGAUCUUCUCGCAUAAGGUGAUUGAGGUUAUAAACCCAGAGGAAGACUAUGUUUGGAUUCAUGACUAUCAUUUGAUGGUGCUGCCUACUUUCUUGAGGAGAAGGUUCAAUGCAUUGAGAAUGGGAUUCUUUCUUCACUGUCCAUUUCCUUCGUCAGAGAUAUACAGGACUUUACCUGUUAGGGAAGAGAUUCUUAAGGCACUUUUGAAUUCAGACCUCAUUGGCUUUCACACUUUCGAUUAUGCUCGACAUUUUCUUUCUUGUUGCAGUCGAAUGUUGGGGUUGGAAUAUCAGUCAAAGAGAGGUUACAUUGGAAUGGAGUACUAUGGUAGGACUGUUGGAAUAAAAAUCAUGCCAGUUGGGAUUCAUAUGGGGCAGAUUGAGUCUGUCUUGAAACUUGCAGACAAGGAGUGGAGGGUAGGAGAGCUAAAACAACAAUUUGAAGGAAAGACAGUUUUACUUGGGGUUGAUGAUAUGGACAUCUUUAAAGGUGUAAAUUUGAAGCUUUUGGCAAUGGAACAGCUUCUGAAACAACACCAAAAGUGGCGAGGAAGGGCUGUUUUGGUGCAGAUAACAAAUCCUGCAAGGGGACGAGGGAGAGAUGUUGAGGAAUUGCAGGCUGAAAUACAGGAAAGCUGCAGGAGGAUUAAUGAAACUUUUGGUCGACCUGGCUAUGAACCAGUUGUCUUUAUUGAUCGACCAGUAUCUCUCAGUGAAAAAGCUGCAUAUUUCACCAUUGCAGAGUGUGUCGUUGUGGCAGCUGUGAGAGAUGGGAUGAAUCUUACUCCUUAUGAGUAUGUUGUGUGCAGGCAGGGUGUUUCUGGGUCGGAGUCUAGUGCAGAAUCCAGUGGACCCAAGAAGAGCAUGCUGGUUGUAUCAGAGUUCAUUGGAUGUUCCCCUUCACUUAGUGGUGCAAUUCGGGUCAAUCCAUGGAACAUUGAAGCAACCGCUGAAGCAAUAAAUGAGGCGAUUUCAAUUGCCGAUUCUGAGAAACAAUUGCGACAUGAGAAGCAUUACAGGUAUGUCAGCACACAUGAUGUGGCAUAUUGGUCAAGGAGCUUUUACCAAGACAUGGAGAGGACUUGCAAAGACCAUUUCAUAAGGCGCUGCUGGGGAAUUGGCUUAAGCUUUGGUUUCAGAGUUGUUGCGCUUGAUCGAAAUUUCAAAAAAUUAAAUAUUGAUCAUAUUGAAUCUGCAUACAUAAAGUCCAAAAAAAGAGCUAUACUCUUGGACUACGAUGGAACUGUAAUGCCACAAACAUCCAUCAAUAAGACCCCAAGUUCUGAGGUCAUUUCAAUGAUAAAUACUCUUUGUAGUGAUGUUAAGAACACCGUCUUUGUUGUCAGUGGAAGAGGAAGAGAUAGUUUAGGCAAGUGGCUUGCUCCUUGCAAAAAACUUGGAAUUGCUUCUGAACAUGGGUACUUCGUGAGGUGGUCUGCAGAUGAUGUUUGGGAGAACUGCGGGCAGAGUAGUGAUUUUGGAUGGAUUCAAAUAGCUGAGCCUGUUAUGAAAUUAUACACAGAAGCCACUGAUGGAUCUUCCAUCGAGACCAAAGAGAGCGCUUUGGUUUGGCACCACAGGGAUGCAGAUCCUGGUUUUGGAGCUGCUCAGGCCAAGGAGAUGUUGGACCAUCUUGAAAGUGUGCUUGCAAAUGAGCCUGUUGCUGUCAAAAGUGGUCAGUUUAUUGUGGAAGUUAAGCCUCAGGGAAUCAGUAAAGGUUCCGUGGCAGAAAAGAUCUUUACAUCAAUGGCUGAAAGCGGAAGACAGGCUGAUUUUGUAUUGUGUAUUGGCGAUGACAGAUCAGAUGAGGAUAUGUUUGAAAGCAUUGAUAAUGCAAUAGCAAGUGGUAUCCUUAACUCCAGUAAAUCUGUAUUUGCUUGCACUGUUGGUCAGAAACCUAGCAAAGCCAAGUACUAUUUGGAUGACACAGCUGAUGUCAUAAACAUGCUUGAAACUCUUGCAGAAGCUUCCGACCCUUCACCCUCUGCUGGAAACUCCCCUUGAAAUCUUUAAGAUGAUCAAGGAAGAAUAACGUGCUUGACUGUGAUUGAGGGUAGCAAUCAUUUUCUGCUCAUUUUCGGAAAUGGCUUGUUGGAAGAGACAUUAAUGGCCUCCUGAUAGAUGGCCUGUUGAGAAAUGUCCAAGCGCUUGAUUUUUGUCUGUGACAUAACAUGAACAGUUCAGAUAGUGGGAUUUUUCUUGGGGAAAUCCUAAAAAAGUAUAUUUUUUAAUCAGUUCAGACAUGUAGGGGUUCAGGUGACCUAAUGGAUUUAUAGGAAGACUGACAUGGAAUUAAAAGAAAUAAAUAUUGCAUUGCAAGCGUGUAAAGGCCAGCUGCAUAGGAUCCAAUACAUGAUUGUAGGUGGCAUUCAUAUUCAACUGCAUUCUUGCCUGGGUAAUUCGAACGGCGGGAAGUUGGGGUUCCCGCUGUAACAGAAGCAGGUAUCAGAUGGUUUAAGUUGCCAUGUUCAACAGAGACUAUACCGGUGCAAAUUUUUUCCUUCUAAUUUUAUUUUUUCUCGAGUGAAUUUUUUUCGGAACAAUUUUUAUUUUAUUCCUUUGCUCGUUAAAUCUGUAAAUUUUAUAGCGAAGUUGGGAAUUUAGUUGAUUUUGAAUCAAUUUCAUUGAACGACAUUGUUGCUCA